AUGGGUGGAGGUGGAAAGAUUCCGUAUCCCAAGGAAGUUUGGUCACCCGCCGGUGGUUGGUACGCCCAGCCAGGCAAUUGGAAGGCCAACACUGCGAUCAUGGGUGCUUUCGUGAUUGGUGUCGCUGCCGUCGCAUUCAGCAUCAGUGCCGACCGCGAGUACCGUGACCGGAUGCCUGAGCCUGGCCGCUUCUUCCCUAGCCGAUACAGGCCGCGCAAAACUCCUCAUGAGGAGCAGGUCCACGAGCCGGAAAAGGACGAGGGGUGGCUUUGCGGCGUGACAGAGCAGUUUCCUUAA